AUGGCUGGUGGCGAGGCCGGCGCGACCAGACCUCGGCAGGAAAAGCAGUACGACUACCUCUUGAAGUUCCUCCUGGUGGGCGACAGCGACGUCGGCAAGCAGGAGAUCCUUAGCGGCCUGGAGGACGGGGCUGCCGAGUCGCCCUUCUGCAGUGGCAGCGCAUACAAAACCACGACCAUUCUCCUCGAUGGCAAGCGAGUCAAGUUGCAGCUUUGGGACACUUCUGGGCAGGGCAGAUUCUGCACGAUUAUCAGAUCUUACUCCAGGGGUGCGCAAGGGAUUCUCCUUGUCUAUGACAUUACUAACAAGUGGUCCUUUGACGGCAUCGACAGAUGGCUCAAGGAAGUCGAAGAGCAUGCCCCAGGUGUGCCGAAAGUCCUGGUUGGAAACCGGCUGCAUUUGGCAUUUAAGCGCCAGGUAGGAGAAAGGGAUGCGGAAGCAUACGCCGCCAAGAAUCGAAUGGCCUUUUUUGAGGUUUCUCCUCUCUGCGACUUCAACAUUCGAGAGAGCUUUUCGGAGCUGUCAAGGAUGGCUCUGCGGCGCAACGGUAUGGAGAGGCUCUGGCGCUCGAACAAAGUUCUCAGCCUCCAAGAGCUGGCCUGCCGAGCCAUCGUCGCGCGGACGACGGUUUACGGGAUCGACCAGCUGCCGCUGCCGACGUCCGUCAAGUCCCACCUUAAGUCCUACGCCAUGACGACGACCUCGCAGCCGAGAUACAACGGUAACCGGUCGCUGACAUCAAGCAAGACCCUCGGCUCCCACCACCGGAAGCUGCGCUUCGGGGGGUCAGGUGGCAGCGGCUGCGUCGGCUGCGGCGGCGCCAGCAGCGGCUUCGUCGGGCCCUCCACCCCGGGCAGCUCCCCCGGAAGCAUGACCGACGCUCGGGCCAACGGGUCCAGCUGCGUCGGCCGAAACUCUUGUGCAAUAUCCUGAGGGUGAAGCCCCUGGGGCUCAGGUCGGGAAAACGUUCGAGUGGACCUCGAGUGCGCGCAGCUCCGUUUCUUCUCUCUCCCUUUCGCCUCUUUUAGCGCGCCCCCUCGGGGGGAAUAAAUGAGAGACCAUGGAUCUUCCUCCGGAAAGGCCGGAUGGGAUCGUUUAUUUUUCGGUGUUCAAUAUAUAGAAGUUAGUUUAAGGA